UGCUAUAUGCUGUAUUGCUCGCGCUGAACCGCGGUAGAUUGGAACUGGCAGCGCAACAAAGCUCUGUGUUCUGGGGCAAGUUUUCAUAUAAGAUUAUUAGUUAUUAUUGUAGACUGUUAUUUCUUACAAUAAAUUGUGACCGUUUUGAAGACAUAUCCGCGUUGUUUUCGGCACCAGCGCGGCGAGGUCUCCUGAGUUUUGUUGUCUUUGUGAGUGUUGCACUGGCAGCUCUCUCUGCUCUCCACUCCAGUUUCUCCCUCAACCACUAUGGCGGCUCCUGCUCUACAGUCCAGUUUCCUGCUGGCCAACCUCAAGGCAGACUCCGCCACGAAACCCUUCCUCCAGAGGUGUCAGGAGCUGGUGAAGGUGAUCGAUGAGUACCUGGCCAAGGACCUUCAACCCGUCUUCCCCUGGCUGGUGGAGAGCGUCUUUGGCAGCCUGGACGGCGUUAUGGUGGGUUGGAACCUGCGUUUACUGCAGCCCCGCUCCAGCGAGUACAGUGUAGCCAUGGAAUUCCUGGACCCCAGUGGCCCUUUGAUGAAGCUGGUCUACAAGUUGCAGGCAGAGGAGUACAAGUACGAGGUGCCAGUGUCCUACUUGCCCGGUCCAGUGAAGGCCUCCAUCCAGCAGGGGGUGCUACCCGACUCCCCGCUCUUCCACAACAAGCUUCAGUUCCCGCUGUCUGGACAGCUGAGCCUCUCACUCUCUCUCAACCCCUUUGAAUUCUACAUGUUCAACUUUGCCUCCUGCCUCAUUGCACCCAGGAGUUUACCCCCGGGUCAGAUCGGAAGCCCCUCGGACAGUGCCUACUUUGUGCUCGUGGACACGUACCUGAAGCACUUCUUACCCACAGAGGGCAGUGUGCCCCCCUACCCUUUCCUGGACGCCAGGGGGACCGUUUCCCCCCCUGCCCCCAGGUCUCCCAGCAUGCAGUUCACAGGCUAUGGUUCCCAUGGCAGUAGCCUGCUGAAGCGACACAUCUCCCAUCAGCCCUCAGUCAAUGCCGACCCUGCCGCCCAGGAGAUCUGGAGAUCGGAGACGCUCUUGCAGGUCUUUGUGGAGAUAUGGCUGCACCACUACUCCUUGGAGAUGUACCAGAAGCUUCAGUCCCCCCAGGUGAAGCUGGCGCUGCUGCAGUAUCGACUCAGUAUGUCCAGCGUGCCGUGUGGCUCCCCAGCCCCCCCUGCCCUGUGCGGCUCUGGGACCUUCCACACCUACCAAGAGCCCUUCAGUCCUACCGAGGACCACGUGCUGGUGGUACGACUCCUGGUCAAGCAUCUGCACGCCUUCUCUAACAGUCUGAAGCCAGAGCAGGUGUCAUCGUCGCCCUCUGCCCACUCACAUGCCAGCCCCCUGGAGGAGUUCAAGAGGGUUGUUGUCCCCCGCUUCGUCCAGCAGAAGCUCUACGUUUUCCUCCAGCACUGCUUUGGUCACUGGCCCCUAGAUGCCUCCUUCAGAGCCGUGUUGGAAACGUGGCUGAGUUACAUCCAGCCCUGGAGGUAUACGAGCGAAAAGAGUAACCCCUCCGGAGACAGCCACAGCAGAACAGUCCCAGAGAAAUGGGCCUCCUUCGUGCAGGAGAACCUCCUGAUGUACAGCAAGCUUUUCCAGGGCUUCCUGAACCGUGCUGUGCGCACCGACCUGGUCAACACCAAGAACGCACUCAUGGUCUUCAGGGUAGCCAAGGUGUUCGCUCAGCCCAACCUCCCAGACAUGAUCCAGAAGGCCGAGCAGCUGUUCCUAGAGCCAGAGCACGUGCUGCACCACCGGCAGCACCGCGAGUUCCUCACGCCAUCACACGGGGGCAGCUUCCUGUCGAGUCGCCAACCUGCUGAGGCUGAUGCCGUGUUCAAGGUCAAAAGCCACGUGUACAGCCUGGAGGGGCAGGACUGCCAGUACAAGCAGAUGUUCGGGAGCGAACUGCGGAAUGUGGUGUUGAAGCUGGUCCAGAUCAUAGCACAGGCCCGCCAGACGGCCAAGCGGAUAUCAGACCACUCGGCCGAGGCUGCCGCCAACCAGUCCUUCCUCUCGUGGUUCGGGAUCGGUUCCCAGGAUCUCAACAGCACAUACGCGGCCGGAGAGCCGGAUGACACAGGCGAGUGUGUCAGGAAGACUCACGAGUUCCUGGACCGGGCGCUGGAGUUCCUCUGUGAGAUAUUCCGGCUCAACACAGGUCAGGUGGCACAGCUGGUGGCCAACCUGUCGCAGGCUCCCAACGACCUGGGCUCCAAGCAGCUGCCCGACUGCAUUCAGAGCGAGAAUGGGCCAAUCCUCACCGACCUGGGGCGCCUGCAGAUCAUAAACGGGCUGCGCAGGUUCGACAUCGAGUACCAGGGGGACCUGGAGUUGCAGCCCAUUCGGAGCUAUGAGAAUGCAGUCCUUGUGCGGCUGCUCUUCCGCGUUGCGUCGGUGCUCAACGAGCGGUUCUCCAGCCACAUGGAGGCGCUGUGCUCGCGAAGAGACCUGCUGGGUCGCCUGGGGCGCUAUUACCUCACCAGCCCGUGCGAGCGGCAGCAGAAGAGUCCCGUGACGAGGCGUUUCACGGAGAGGCAGUGGCGCCCAAGGCUUAGCCUGCGAACGCUCGCCAGCUACCGCACCCUCUUCGGCCUUGUGCUGCUCUACAUGCUGGGGGCGCUGCUGUCCUUCGGCCCACUCUCCAGCACAGCGUUCCUCCUAGUCUCCUUUUUCCUCCACGGACUCUUCAUGACCCUCUUUGGCAACAAACUGAAGACACAUUAGCACAAAACCAAAAGGAGUCACUAGUGUUUCUUGCUUUAAUUGUUCAAAUUGUAUUUUAAUUUGUAAAUAACAAAAAGCUUUACUGGAUGAGUGUGACUUGCCUGGCAAAAUGUGCUUUUAUAGUGUGAGAAUUGACAGGACUGGUGAUUAUGAAUAAAAUGUGGAUUAUACAUUAAA